GCGGCAGUGGCGGCGGCGGCUGCGAGGCGGGGCGGUGGAGGACCUUGUGCUGCGGGGCCGACAGCGGUUAGAGGUGUGAGGGCGGCAGGGGAUCUGAUCGGGAGCCGGGCCGGUGUGGCCGCCGCCGCCACCGCCACCAUGCAGGAAAUCAUCGCCAGCGUGGACCACAUCAAGUUCGACUUGGAGAUCGCGGUGGAGCAGCAGCUUGGGGCGCAGCCGCUGCCCUUCCCCGGCAUGGACAAGUCGGGGGCUGCUGUCUGCGAAUUCUUUUUGAAAGCUGCCUGUGGCAAAGGGGGCAUGUGCCCGUUCCGCCACAUCAGCGGCGAGAAGACGGUUGUGUGCAAACACUGGCUGCGGGGGCUGUGCAAGAAGGGGGACCAGUGCGAGUUCCUGCACGAGUACGACAUGACCAAGAUGCCCGAGUGCUACUUCUACUCGAAGUUCGGGGAGUGCAGCAACAAGGAGUGCCCCUUCCUGCACAUCGACCCCGAGUCCAAGAUCAAGGACUGUCCUUGGUACGACCGUGGCUUCUGCAAGCAUGCCCUAGAUUUGAACUGCCGAUGGGAACCACCGAGCAGCCCCCACUGCCGCAGCAGACGCAGCCUCCCGCAAAGCAGAGAGCCCCGCAGGUCAUCGGGGUCAUGCAGAGUCAAAACAGCAGCGCAGGCAACCGGGGACCCCGGCCGCUGGAGCAGGUCACCUGUUACAAGUGUGGUGAAAAAGGACACUACGCCAACAGAUGCACCAAAGGGCACUUGGCCUUUCUCAGUGGACAGUGACAGCAGCUGGAGCCAGCUCAGAGCAGCCCGAGGGGCCCCGUUAUUGGGGACCACUCUGGGCCAUCUUUGGGAGUGUGCAUUCAACUGUUUGAUGCUGGUACAACUCUGGCUGGAGCUGGCAGGCAGGCAUACUGGGUUUUAUUCUGAGGGGCUACAUCUGUCAGUUUCCCUAUCAUUUUGCUGUAAUCUUUUUUUUUUAAGGGGGACAUGUGCUCCAGUUCGGUCCCUCAAGUUGGGAUCAUGUUUGUCUAGGCAUCAAGGCCUCCCAUCUGGGACUCUGCACACCACCCUCUGGGGAGGGAGGACGUUGUGGGGAAGGGCUUGUGCGCAGCAGUUCUGUGAGGAAGGUGGCCCUUCCCCUCAGGGCCUCCUUAAACACCAGGGGCUGCUGGAUCAUUUAAAGCUGUGGCCAAGUCACACCUGCUUCCGCCCUGUCCUGCUGAUCAGAGGCCGUGCCUAUCCAUGUGAUUUGAACGAGACAGCCCUUCAGAGCAAGCAAGUGUGGAGUUGCCUCUGCCGGUCCCGCUCCAGGGUGGCAGCAGUUGAGAGGACCAUGUAGGGCUCUUGAGUGUGAUGGCUUUUUUCCUCUGGGUUUAUUUUCUCGGGGCACUUGCUCAACAGUGUUUAAGGUAUACCUUAAGCUGGGGCUGCAGACACCCUUGAAAUAGACGAUGCAGUCCAUCUGUGCACCUACCUCCUGCCCCAUCAAGCAUCUGCACCAUCAGACACCUUUGGCCUAGAGGAGAGGACCCUGCCUCUGAGCCUGGAAAUAUGAAACUGGCACCUGCAACCUGCUGGACAAGUGGGUCUAUUCAAGUUCAAUUACAAGAACAAUUUUUAUGAAGUUGAUUAAAGCGUGUUUUUUAAGCUCUGUCUCAUUACUUCGGGGACUCCAUGCCGAGAGGAUUCUUGCUACUGGCUGCAUUAGCUGCCUGGCACGAAGCUUUGACAUUGGUGCUCGCUUUUCUGCUUUUGGUGAAUGUGUCUCAUGACCGGAAGUGAUGCUGUCAGAGGAAGAAAAGGCCUUUGUACUGGCAGCCUGUACAGUCUGGAAGCCUGGCCUUUGGGCCAGCCACCUGGCAGAUGUCCUUUAUUUCUGAUGUUGAAUACUUGUUCCUUCAAAUUCACAUCUUGCAGGAGAUAAUUAGCCACAGCAUCUCACCCUAUACUCCAUGAAGUAUAUAUGCUUAUCGCACACCCCCUAAUAAGAAACUGAUUCUGACCUUAAUUAUCACAUUACUGAAGGCCUUCGUGAAGGAUAAAGAGGGUGCUGGAUACAGCAGUUGAGAGCUCCUAUCAGGGCCUGUGCUUUCCCUUCCCGCCUCCAACAUCCCAUUGAGCUUCCUGCAAGUGAAGCUUACUUACCAGGACCAGGGGGUCCCACACAUCCCAAUUCCCUGAUACCCCAAUACCCCAGGAUGGUGCAGAAAGAUGGGGAAGGGGAGGGCAUUUUUAGAAACGAGGGUUUCUGCUUUAUAUUGUGAAAGUGUCAGCUGACAAAAGGCCAAAAAUGAGGCACAGAGCAGGAAAACACCUCGGCACUGUUGGCGGAGGCUCUAGGUGACCCCCCAGCACACUGGGACGAGAUCUUGAAGCUCCACGGUUCAAAGCCCUGGGCUGUCUAGGAGCUGCAGAAUGACCCCACCCCACCUUGUGCAACAGGAGCUCCUAUAGGGCAGGGAAAUGGCUGAACCAGUGAGGCAGUCCGCGUACCAGUCAUCUUUUAUUGGGUGUUAAUUCUCCACUAGGAUAUAAAAGGAUUCAGGGGUGCCAGGCAAAGGUCAUGGUCAGGAAUGCAGAGUGCGCCCUCUUCAGUGGUACUUGCGUAGCCGCUCGUGUUCUGAAGUUAGAAAGGCAAAAUGGUAAGUUUCUUCACAGGUGGGGGUGAAGCCAUCCUGAGAAUUCCUUUCAGGAGAUGACCCAGAACCUACUUGUGGAAUUUACAGCUAAUCUGCCACCUGGCCAGCCUCUUCCUUCCCUGAGGGAACACCCACUCAGAAAAACAGCACCCAAGCGCCUACCCUUCAGGGCCAGCACUGCUCUGGAUGCCACAGAGUGGCAGGUGGCUCGACACUGGCAGAAACAGCCCAUGAAGCCCACUCAGCGGCCACCAGACCAACUCCUCUCAUGUCUCAGCACCAGGAACAGCCACGCUUUUCCAGAGCACCACACAGACACUGGACUGUAGCACUCAACCUAUUUCCCUCUUCACACUGGCUGCUAGGAAGAUAAAGCCAAGUUUUCCACCAACCUUUGGCAGAGCCUGCAGUGGCUGAUAGAAUGCUGCCUAAGUAUUACCUUUACCCCAGCUUCAUCUUAUUUUUCCUGUCUUUCUCUUUGCCACAAUUUUUGCAUUUAAAAUAUGCUAUAUUCUGAAAAGUCCCUCCAAGUCAUCAGCUUGUCUGCAGGGUGAUGGACUUAAUAAGGUUGAAAGUGAACCAAUACCACCCUGUCAUGGGAAACCCCACUGAAGGCAAACCAACCCAGAAGAGACUCACUGAGUUCCUUGUAAGAACGGCAGUAGUUGAAAAGCACGUAAGCUGCAAGCACCAUAGAAAGCCCAGCGAUGCUCCCUUUCUUCACGUUGAUGUACUUGUUGUAAUACCGGUAGUAACCUGCAAAGCGGAGAGGAGGCCACUCCUCUGAGGGCACAUUCUACACGUUCUAAUAGGAGAGGGCAAAGCUGAGGAAAGGCCUGGGGGCAGGAAGAAACAGUACACAAAAAGACAGCCACAGGGUAGCCAGAAUUAUAUAGAGAAAAACAUCAAGACGGGGGCCCCUGAGGAGGCUGGCAACCACACAGGCUCCCAAAGGAUGAUGACAUGAUGACACAGGACUGCUCUGCACUUUAAAAUGCACAGACCUGAAGGAUAGACCAUUUCAAAUACUCAUCUUGAAAGUUCUGCCUGGCAGGGAGAUGAGCAUUAUAGACUCAUGUCCCCUGUGCUUCCAACUCAUUUUCCUCUUAAGUCUUAUGACAUUUCUUUAAGACAGAGGUGCUGGUACCGAUUCCAAGCAAUAGAAAACAUUUCCUUGUCUGAAAUAUCUCAGAGCCAGCCUUUGAUAGGACCGAUCAAACAUGGAAAUUCGAGGGCUAACAAUCUCGCUCUGUCCUUCUCUACAUAACUUACUGGUCUGAGACAAGGCUUGUACUGGCCAAAGUAAUUCAGGGCAAAGAAAGACCUGUUUGCCCUGAAGACGCAGAGAUGUGCUUUUAUUUACACAUGCCCUUAAGGCUCUGACCUCUUUGAAACGCUCCAGCAAUGCCUUUAGGGGUGAAAUCCCGCAUCAGUAUCCAGCUUGGCAGCUCCCCUAGUUUGACUUCCAGGAGCUUCUUGUCCUUCAGUGGUACUGAAAAGGAAGUGCAAAAAAACACACACUGGAAGGUCUCCCAAUAACACAAACAGCAACCUUCUGUGUCACUUAUUUCAACCAUUCAAUAAAGGUGCAUUCAGUAACAUUACUAAAUAGAGGCUGCAUAUGAGCAAUAUUAUAAAUAAACAUGUCACACCAGAUAUACUAUU